CAUUUUCAGAACUCGUGGAUGCAGUUUCCAAGCAGUCUUACUGUGCUACAGACGAGGCUCCCCGCAGUCAACUUCCGUUCCGAUUUCCUCCAAUUCCGAGGUUCGCGACUAGCUUCACCCCGCCAUCGUUCCUGCAUCACCAAGACGAAUUCACCAUGUUUACCGGCCUAGUUGAAACGAUUGGCACUGUUGCUGCCCUCGAGGAGCUCGACAAGACAGCCUCCGGAGGCGGCGGCACGUCGUUGACCAUCUCCGACUGCGAGGACAUUUUGGGAGAUGCGCACUUGGGCGACAGUAUCAGCGUCAACGGAACAUGUCUCACGGUUACCGAAUUCAACAAAACUUCAUUCAAGAUAGGAUGUGCUCCAGAAACACUACGGCGCACAAAUCUUGGCUCCCUCAAGCAGGGCUCCAAGGUGAACCUUGAGCGCGCUGUGUCUGCCAAUACCCGUAUGGGCGGGCAUUUCGUGCAAGGACACGUCGAUACCAUCGCAACCAUCGAGUCUGUCACACCUGACGGCAACGCUCUCACCUUCCGCUUCAAGCCACGAGACCCAGCUGUCCUUCGCUACAUCGUCGAGAAGGGUUACGUCACCAUAGACGGAGCAAGCUUGACUGUCACGAAAGUGCAGGAUGGCUCAGACGGCUGGUGGGAGGUUAUGCUCAUUGCUUACACCCAAGAGAAAGUCGUCACGGCAAGCAAGAAGCCUGGCGAGGCUGUCAAUGUGGAAGUGGACCAGGUUGGCAAAUAUGUCGAGAAGAGCGUGGCUGGCUAUUUUGAAGGUUCUGCGAAUGGUGAAUUCGCGAUACUGGAAAAGAUGGUAUCAAAGCUGGUCGACGAAAGGCUCAAAGCAUUAGGCAAAUAGGUCCAAGACGAUGGGCUGCGAAGCAAGGUGAAGGUCACUUUGCCUCAGGACGCAGGCGCCAUGAUCUGAGCAUGGGCGACACAGGACUGUUUUCAUCAUCUGAAACAUGGGCCGAGCCGUCGUUCGCAACCUGGACGAAUCGUGUGCCAUAUCGCUUAGAUCGGCCAUAUUAGGCGUCGAAGUCGUCGCCUGAGUGGUGAUGUUUAGGGUGGUUGGGCGUACCAACAUGGGGGCGCAGACAUAUAGAAGUGAGGCGCAGCAGCCCUGCUUUGGAGUCAACAUAUAUAUAUUUGAUUGCUAUCGAGCUUGAGUGGGAACUGCUCAGUUUCUUAGUUGACUCCUCUAUCCAAAGAACAACUAGUUCGCACAAAGUCAUACGC